UAGCACUGCGAGUAGUAGCUUCAUUUCGUAUACAACUUUAAGUUAAACCAAACGACAAAGUUAAAAGCGUUUCGGAGACAGGAGGCAGAGUGGAGGCAUCACACAACGGUACGGUACACGCCACUCGUGGCGGCACUGCUGCAGCAAAGCAAGCGACCAAGCGUUUCCUCUUCGCUCUUCAUCAACCGCCAGUAUAGUACAUAGCGGCCAUCAUAGCUAAAACUGCUAAAAAUCUAGUCAAGAAAAUUGUGCGAAACGACGUGUGUAUUCCAGCAGUUCAUUUCUCAUGCACAAUAUUAGUGCAUGAGAUUUAGUCAUAAUAAAUUUUUGAGUGCCUAUUGUAUCUUCGUUUUAUUCUUGACGAUAUCAGAUACUUCUACGUUUUACGUAAAUCAAUACAGUGACGCGCCACUCUACUGUAAUUUUGUCAUUUUGGCACGUUAAACUGGAACAACCGAAAAUUACAAACCAUGGCUGAAAAUGAUUUUGAUUGGGGAAAUGAAAAGCUACAGCGUGCUCAGAAGAAUAUCAAUGAAACUCCACAUGACUUGGAAGCAUGGAGUUUGCUGAUCAGAGAAGCACAAAAUAGACCAAUUAAUGAAGUACGUCCAGUGUUUGAAAAACUUGUCACUGUCUUUCCAUCAGCAGGUCGAUACUGGAAGAUUUAUAUAGAACAAGAAAUGAAAUCACGCAACUAUGAAAAAGUGGAAAAGCUUUUCCAGAGGUGUCUUAUGAAAAUUUUAAAUAUUGAUCUGUGGAAAUUAUAUCUCUCAUAUGUCAAAGAAACAAAAGCAAGUCUUGCUACUUACAAAGAAAAAAUGGCGCAAGCUUACGAUUUCGCCUUGGAUAAAAUAGGAAUGGAUAUACAUUCUUAUAGCAUUUGGAAUGAUUAUGUUGUAUUUCUAAAAAGUGUUGAGGCAGUUGGAUCAUAUGCAGAAAACCAAAGAAUAAGUGCUGUGCGCAAGGUAUAUCAAAGAGGUGUGGUAAAUCCUAUGAUAAACAUGGAACAACUAUGGAAAGAUUACAUGGCUUUUGAACAAAAUAUAAAUCCUAUAAUUGCUGAAAAAAUGGCGAUAGAACGGUCUCGAGAUUACAUGAAUGCAAGAAGAGUUGCUAAAGAAUUGGAAGCAGUAACAAGAGGCCUGAAUAGAAGCGCACCAAGUGUACCACCGACGGGUCAUCCCGAAGAAAUUAAACAAGUUGAACUGUGGAAAAAAUAUAUAGCUUGGGAGCGUAGCAAUCCUUUGAGAACUGAAGACACAUCGCUGGUUGCUCGUAGAGUCAUGUUCGCGAUAGAGCAGUGCUUGCUUUGUCUCGGUCAUCAUCCUGCUGUUUGGCAUCAGGCUGCCCAUUUUCUCGAGCUUAGUUCAAAGAUUCUUACGGAGAAAGGUGACGUGAAUGCGGCGAAAAAUUUGAGCGAUGAAGCUGCCACUAUGUUCGAGCGUGCAACCAGCACAUUGUUGUCAAAAAAUAUGUUAUUAUAUUUUGCUCAUGCUGAUUUUGAAGAAGGUCGAGUUAAGUACGACAAGGUGCAUCAAAUUUAUCAAAAGUUUCUCGACAUUGCAGACAUAGAUCCUACUCUGGCUUACGUUCAGUAUAUGAAAUUCGCCAGAAGAGCUGAAGGCAUCAAGUCAGCAAGAACUGUUUUUAAACGUGCAAGAGAAGACCAGAGAUGUAAAUUUCACGUAUUCGUCGCGGCUGCAUUGAUGGAAUACUACUGCACCAAGGAUAAGAAUAUAGCGUUUAGAAUUUUUGAGCUUGGUUUAAAAAAAUUUGGUGACAACCCAGAUUACAUUCUCUGUUACAUUGACUACUUGUCACAUUUGAAUGAGGACAAUAACACUAGAGUGCUGUUUGAACGAGUAUUAUCAUCAGGCAGUUUAGAACCAGAGAAAUCUGUUGACAUAUGGAAUCGUUUUCUGGAAUUCGAAUCAAAUAUUGGGGAUUUAGCUAGUAUCGUCAAAGUCGAAAAAAGACGAAGUGCCGUUCUUGAAAAGAUUAAGGAAUUCGAAGGUAAAGAAACAGCACAAUUGGUCGAUCGAUACAAAUUUUUGGACUUGUACCCCUGUACAUCUAUGGAACUGAGAUCAAUUGGUUACGUGGAAGUAUCUAGCGUUAGUAGAAAUACAUCGUGCCCACUGCCGCGAGCUUCAGAUACAGAAGAAGUUAUUGCAGCAUUGCCAAGGCCGGAUUUGUCACAAAUGAUACCUUUCAAGCCGAAAGUAAAUCCUUUACCGGGAGAGCAUCCGGUUCCAGGUGGAUCAUUUCCAUUACCUCCUGCUGCGGCUCAAUUAUGUACCAUUUUACCACCACCAGGAUGUUUCAGAGGACCAUUUGUCUCAGUUGACAUGUUAGUAGACGUAUUUAAUAGGAUUCAAUUACCUGAUCAUGCACCUUUGCCUAUGGCUGAUAACGGCUGCGAUACAAAAUUGUUUGACUUAGCUAAGUCUGUUCAUUGGAUUGUCGACGAAACUGCGGAUGGUAAUAGCAUUAUCAACAAGCGAAAAAGAACUCGAUUAGGUAACGGUGAUGAUAGUGAAGAAGAAGAUUUACCUCCACCACCUGCAAAUGACAUAUACAGACAGAGGCAGCAAAAGCGUGUCAAGUAAACGUAUUUGCGAGCAACAAAGUAUCAACAUUGAGACUUUCUAGAUGUCUCUUUGAAAUAUUUCAAAUGCGUUUUUUUAAAUACUUUAUAAGCAUACAAAUAUUGUUAUGUACUGGAGCUUCUAUUUGAUUGGAUACAAAUUCUUGUUGAUCAUUUAUUUUUUCGAUAAUUUUCACGAACAUUAAUUAUUAUAAAUGAUUAAUAAUUAAUAAUCAGUAAAUAUAAAUUUACUGAUCAAUUUACUAUAAAUUUUUGAGUUAUCGAGUUUCUCACAAAACGUAUUUUUAUUUCAAAGUGACUAAUAGACAGAAUUUCAACACUUUAUGGACAUCUAAAAGUUUUACUUUCUUGAAUUAAGUCGAUGUAAAAAAGCUCGUCAAUCAGUCGUUCGAAUAUGAUCACCGAAUUUUGAUUGUAUUGACUUUGCUUUUGCUAUUUUUUGAGUACUAUGUACUCAGUUUCAUAACUUUCAUAACAUUAUUAUAUUUUUGUAAAUAUACUAGUAUUGGAGUGACUGUUUAGUUAUCCUCAAAAGAAAAUGAAUUUAGAAGUGAUUGAAACGUAAAAAAAACCUUGGGGAUCAUUCUUAAAUAAUUUUUUUAUACAUAGCAUGCAUUAAGAACUCUCAAGCGUUAAAUGAAUUUUGAAAAACUUACAACAACUAAAUCAGAUACCAACACUAUAUGAGUGCAUUAAAUUCAUCAUUAUAAUACAAAUUCACGUGAACUUACUAACAAAAAAUUGUAUUUUUCAACAUGCCACCCGGAAAGUACAAUUUUACCGCACGCUCAGCGAAAAACGUGCUCUUGAAUUCGCGCUUUCCAUACGUUGUUUGAAAAAUACUGUACCUGACAUAUUCGAGAAAGUAGAUUCUCAUUUCGCGUGGGUCUUUCCACUCUCGUUUCGUUCGAACGUAAAUCUCACACGAAAAAAGAAUCCAAUUUUUUACGCUAGUUAGGUAAUGUACAAUUUUAUACGAACAAUCAGAAAAAAUCUACGAAAUGAUUAUAUCUUAGUUAUAGCUAAACGUCCAAGCAAAUGAUACUUAUAAUUACUUGCUUAUUGUGGUUAAUCAGAAUGUUAUUAUUAAAAUUUACUAAUUUUUUAUUCUUUUUUGGCUAAAAAUUAUAUGAAAUAUUAUAUUUAAAUUAACGCAUAUUAAAUUAAAGUGCUACUGUCACAUAUUUCAUUAUAUUUUUGUAAAAGACUACAAAAGCAGUAAUAAAUCUCUCGUAGGAAAAUUUGUAAUAAUAGUAUCAACAAUUUUUUUCCAAGAUAUAAAGGACUCAUAUUAUUUCUUAUGUCAUUUAUGAUUUAAAUAAUAUUUACAAACCUCCUGAAUGUUUCUUUUACAUUCUACUAUAAAAAAUGUUUAAGAUAAAAUUUUAUAUUCCUAUCAUGAUUUUUGAUUAUUCAUGUCAACAAAAACAUUGUAAGUGAGUAUAAUAGAUUAGCUCAAUAUUUGAUAUUUAGAUCUAAUAUGUAAGAUAUCUAAAUUAGAUGAUACUUUAACUGAUAAACGUAUUGAAAUACAAUUGCAUUAUUUCUUUUGGGCAUGUGUUAAUAUGUACUGUCAAAUAUAUGAUAAACUAUCUUUCGCAAACUAAAAUACCAUAAUUAAUUUUAUAAUUUGAACUGUACAAUUAUCUGCAAAAUUUUAUUUGAAUUGUACAUACAAUUAGUGUCUUAUUAAAUUAAA